AUGACAACACCCUCGGGUCCCCGUCCUUCUCAGGCUGUCGGGCAGCCUGCCAUCCACGGCCUCUCCCUGAUAACCGGCAGCCUGUACAUCAGCAAUGGUGUGGCCGCCAACAACAAACUCUUGCUGUCAAGCCACCGCAUCACCACAGUCAUCAACGUCUCAGUAGAGGUGGUGAACACUGUCUUCGAGAACAUUCAAUACAUAAAGGUGCCCGUGGCGGAUUCUCCCAGCUCGCGUCUCUACGACUUUUUUGAUCUUGUUGCUGAUCACAUCCACAGCGUGGAAAUGAAGCAGGGCCGCACACUGCUGCACUGCGCCGCGGGAGUGAGUCGCUCGGCCACCUUCUGCCUUGCCUAUCUCAUGAAAUACCACGCCAUGUCCCUGCUGGAUGCCCACACAUGGACCAAGUCGUGCCGCCCCAUCAUCCGGCCUAACAAUGGCUUUUGGGAACAGCUCAUCCAUUAUGAAUUCAAACUGUUUAGUCAGAACACCGUGCACAUGAUCAACUCGCCGAUAGGUUCCAUCCCUGACAUCUAUGAGAAGGAUGUAAGUUUGAUGAUGCCAAUGUGA